AAGUCGACAUCAUGGGUUCAUGGUUCUUUCGUCGCCUGCUUCUUGUUAAGAUUGGACACUUAGAUAGUAGUAGACUGGGUUGGAUUGUCUAUCUCUAAUUCCGAACUUAAAUCUCCAUCUAAUCCUCACCCCUCAAUUGCUAGUCCUGGUACAUAAAUCUAAAAUCGUAAUUCGAACGAAACAAACCGUGUCAGCCAUGUCCGAGGCCAAACAGCCGUCGACAGCAGCGUCGUCGGCCGACGUCGAAAAGACGGCGAGCAACUCGUCCGAAGCCGCCGGAACCGCCGGCCCCGUGGGCAAGAAGAAGCACAUAAAUAAGGACGAUCCGGACGAGGCGUUGAAGCUCGUGGCCGGGGAAGCCGUAGUUUUGACCCCGGAAGACGAGAAGAGGCUGCUGAAGAAGAUCGAUCGUAACUUGAUGCCGCUGCUUUGCGUCGUCUACGGCCUGAAUUACUUGGACAAGACUACUUUGUCGUAUGCUUCUAUCAUGGGGAUUAAAAAACUUACGAUAUGUGUUCGCCGCAGACAGAUAUCAACCUUCAAGUGUGUAUUGACAGGUAUGAUAUAUAAGGCCAGGAUUAUUCCGUAAGCUACCCCCUAUUCCCAGUUCGCAAAAAAAAACAAAAACAAAAAAAAACAAGCGUGGUCAUUAUCAUGUCUCCCCCUUUUCCUUUUUGAUGAACCCGUCCGAUUU